UAUUUAUACGCAGGCAAUGUGUAGCAAGUGUUUUGAUUGACAAAGCCAAAGAGUAACAUGCCAGAGGGUAACGGCAGCAGCAAUGAGCAGCACAUAAAUCCAGACCACUUCCCAGACAAUAGACCGGAGCAGCGGGCACAGAACUUCUCGUUUGCCACCAGCUAUCCCUAUGCACCAGGACGAAGCACCAACAACUACAACGAUUACAACAAUAAAAGCAUCAAUCAGAAACCGGCUUACAACGUGCAACGCUAUCAGAGUCCUUACAAUUUCCAACACGUGGUCACCAACGCCUUCUCCGUGCUGCACAAUUCCGUGGAGCUAGACUACGAGCAGAGCGCACAGCAUUCGAAGCCCAACCAGGCCAUAGUGCGUCCGAUUAUUCGGGAGCAGUCGGAACAUGUCGAUGAGCCCAUUGUCGCUGCGGGCAGCAUAUCAUCGAACCCGCCACUGACCACGCGCUCCUUCUUCUCGCGCAGCACACAGGAGGUGCGCAGCUUUGCCGAUGAGCUGAGCCAGAAACUGCGCUUCCUGGCGCCGGACGAGAACUACGGACGCGGCGCCGGCAGCAGCGGUCAUAGCAGUGCCACCGCCGCCACCGGCGCCUGGCUAUCCGGACGUCAAAUGGAACGACCACGCUUCGAGACGACUGUGCCCACGGGCAUCUUUCUGCCGCCACCACACGAGCUGCAAAUGCUGCCCGCGUCCAUGUUGCGACGCCAUGUCUAUGCCUACUCCUCCUACCCCAUGAUCCUGCACAACUACUAUAACAAGGACAAUAGUCGCCAGAUAUCGCUGAAUGAUAAGGAAAAUAACAAAGCCUCCACUAGGCAAAAUGGUGUGCGUGCCACGGCGGCUGUGGCAGCGGCCGCUGCUGCCGCGGCCUCCAAAAACGAUGCCUCUUCGCUGGCCGGUGGUCUGCACAUAACCAAGGCGCAGUUUCAGCAACAGCUGCAGCAGCGACGCAACUUUAAUAACGACAAGAGGCCCGUCGUGCCACCGCCAGAGCCUUAUAUGAACAUGAUGUACGACCGUCGCGUCAUAAAAGGAAGCAACUUUGGUACUCCGUCAAUGCUGGCGGAGGUGGAUCCAUUUGACAAGGCUGCUGAGCUACGGCGCCGCAAUAUGCUGCGCAAGCGUUCGAUUCAGUGCCGCAAUCAGCGCAAUGUCUUAGGUACACCGCCGCCAGUGCAAGGUAGAAAGCACGAACAAUUACAAACGGAGAAGUAUUUGGAAAAGCUGGUGCAACGCCCGCCAGAGUACACAGUGGACACACAGACAGAUCUGUUUCUGGAGAAGCCGCCUACGCCACCCUAUGUGCCUGCAAAGGUCGGAGUCGAUGUGGGCACCGAGAUUGGCGAAGGCGAACUGUUUCACUUUGAUGCAGAGGCUCAGCCGAUUAUUGAUGUCCUAGUCGAUUCCUGUAUAGAGCAGAGCAUGCUUGAGGUGGCUCACGAAAUGGAAUUGGCUUCGCUGCGUCGCAAGCAGGAAGAAUUCCUGGCUCAACGCGAGGCAGAGCUGGCCGAAUUGCGUCGUCUGGAAGCCGAAGAGCUGCGCUUGCAGGCUGAGAAAGAUCGUCGCUUGCGCCAAGAUGCGAUUGCCAAGGAGCUGGAUAUGGAGAUGCAGAAGAGUGUUACAGCGGCUAAGCUAUUACAGGGACAUAUUGCUAGUCUAGUGCCCGAGGUGCUGGAGAGCAUUGAGCCAGCCAGCGAUGCUGUAAAGAAGGAACAACUAAUGAAGGAAAUUUGCCCCUGGCUAUCUGAAGAGGUGGCCCAAGAAGUUGGCCACAUUGUGGACUCUCGCGAAAUACUUACAGCCAUUAUAUUGGAAAUUAUCAAACAACGUGCAUCAGCCUACAUUGGCUUCAAGGAAGACGAGCCCGAGCCAUCAGCCUCGGAUGUCGGCAUUUGCGAAGAGGAAGGAUGCACACUCGAUGAUAUGGAGACAUGUCCAUGUGAACCGGAAAGCGAAUAUUCUGAAUGUCCAGAGCCCCAGCCAGAUCCACCGCAUCUGUGAGAUGUGGGGCCUAAUUAAAAAUAUAAUAAGACAUGACUUGGUUCAGUUAAGUUUUGAGUUUGAGGUCUACCCGAUGGCCGUUAAGUGCGCAUACUAACAAAUUCAUAAAGCUGCAUUGUAAUUGUGUCUGGCAACAAGCGUAUGUAACUCGGUCGCUUGCUGCCACACACAAUUUCAUUAGCGCGAAAACUGUUGCAUCAAAAGUAAGCAAACAUUGUUAAAGGUUUAUGUUUUACCAGAGUAUUCAGCAAUAAAGAAAAAAAAGUAAUACGAAAUUUUGAUAAUUGACAAA